CGGUCGUGCAAAGGUCGCCCUGAGACGGUGUGCCCGCUCUCGGCCUGCCGUGGCGACUUGCGACUUUGUUGUAUGUCCGUUUGCGCCAUCUCUCACAAACGACGACCACUCGAUCGCACAAGAACUUGCUCCACACAGCCUAUGUCGCAUCACAGGCUACCACAUUCCUCGCCAUGAAGGACUGCAUCUGACUGCCUCCGACCAUCCUUACAGUCGUUGCUUCACUCGCGGAUGACUAAAGUUUCAGAAACGCCCUCUUCACCUUAGAUGUCACAUCCACUCACACCUCGGCCUAUCUCUUGAUUUAAUGACCUACCCUACCUUCUUCGGACUAGACUCAACGUAUUCGGAUCCGUCCUCUCCAGCUGUCGCCCAGCAUGACAGCGCUUCCAGGACCUUCAAGCUAUGCCACUGGUGACCGUCGCAAGAGGCCUGUCGUCACUUACGGAAGGCCUGCACGUAACUCGACCUUCUCAGCAAACAGUGUCAAGACUUUCUAUGACGAUUCAAAGAAGAUCGCUUCACCAUCUAAGCUCAAGCGGCCCACUACCAGUACUGCCCGCAAGACACUAAUCACGAAUGACGAAUUCGACGUACCAAUGUCCGACGACGAACAUGUGUCCGUACCGCCCAAGUCAAAGGAAAUUGCGAAAGCUUCACCAAAGAACGGUCUGGCUACUGCUAGCAGCGAAAGUAAAGGAGAUGGCGGAUUAGACUCGGCCUCACCACGCAAGCGCAAGAGAACAGUGUCUCAAACGACACAGGCCUCCAGUACUCAGGAUACGAAAGUCGCCAAGUCACAGCAGUUUGAAGCAGAAGCCAGCCACAGUGUCAGCGAGUCUGCGCAACUACGUCGCUCUAGGAGACAAAUCGCGGCCGAAUCUUCUGUCACCUCGAAUCCGUCAUCUUUCAAAGUCGACCAAAAGACAGCGACGACAAGGAAUCCUGUUCGAUCGCUCACAAGAUCUGCAUGUCCAUUGUCUCCAGUGGCUGUAUCUCCGGUGAUAGGUUCUCCGAUUAGUCCUGCAGACUCGGUGUCAACUACUUCUACAACACCGAAGCAGAAGAAGCUCUGGCACGAUCUGCUUCUUUCAGACCCUGUCGAUACUGAUACUUAUGAACCGAACACUACCUCUCGCCCCCUUUCCACUCACUCUCUAGCUCAAUCAAAUUCUUCAACUCUUGAAUCACGCAUUGCUCCCACCUCAGGUGAAAGCAAAGCACGCAUUGUUGAUCGCUUGAGGGAGAAGGUCACUUCUACUCACAGUAGCGAUGAGAGCUCCGAUGAAGAGUCAGAUGAGCUCCAGGAGGAACCGUCUUCCCAGAUGAACGGACGACCAACAACCUCAGCACAAUUUGUGCCUCAAGAAUCUACGCAGUAUUCCCAGUCGCAGGCUCGAACACAGACAUUGCAACCACAUACGAGCCAAAAUGCCAAGAAGGUAACAUAUGCCCGGUCGAGAACUUAUCUACAGGACAGUCUUGAGGACAUGAUCUUUGGUGACUUGCCUAUGGUCGCGCCUGAACGACCUGCCGCAAGUGCACGAAGGACAAAAGCUUCUCCGAUGACCAAGUCAAACGCCAAGGUCACUUUCAACAAUGAAUCAGAUGAUGAUACUGCUCAGGGCAUUCGAAGCAUACAUGAGCUCAGGGCAGCUGGAAACAAAAGCAGGUUCCUGGACGAAGUCACACGCCUUGUUGAUGAUAUCAAACACCCAAAGCCAUCUUCACGGUCUCAAAGACGUAUGGCUCUUAUGGAGCUCUCCACCACACUUGCCGAAAACACAUCCGCGUCUCGGUUCAUCGAGUAUGGAUUUGAUGCAAAUAUAAUUGCUCAAUUCCAGUACGCUAGGACGGAUAUCUUGGCUGACAUGUUGCUAUGCGUUGUUGUCACACGGAUAGCGCAAGCUUCCGCUUCUCUUCUUCAUGGAGGUGUCCUUGAUUUUCUUUCCUCGUAUCUAGGCGAAAUGAAGGACAUAAGCAAUAUUGCACGGGAGAGGAAAAGCAACAUGUCCAAGGUUGCACAAUCUGACUACCUUGAAUUCAUGGAAAAGGUAAGGACUGCUGAUGCUUGGGACAACUGUCCUCCGGAUUAUCUAUCCCCUUCUUCUCUCGCGUUGUUGAGUAUGGAUUGCAUCUUUGUCACCCAUCGUCGCAACAAGAACAGUGGCGCCAUACUGUCUCCUGACACUGCAUCCAAGCUCGUCGGCCUGGCUACCCUUCACGUCUCGAACCCUGGAGGUAGCUCGCAGGCCAUCACCAAUCGGGCACUUUCUGCCCUUGAGGCAGCCACGACUCUUGACGUUGAAAGCGCAUCUUCGGAGGUGUGGUCUGUCGAAACACUUUCACGAGUUGCUUCUGCCUUACCUGGCCUUCUCAAGAUGUCGAUUCAUUCGCAGGAACUUGCCCUACGCUUCUGCUGCUCUGUGACCAACGACAACGAGGAAAACAGUGGCGUGUUCUCCCAGCAUCAGACCAUCCAUCUAAUCAUGUCGUUGAUCAUCGACGGCUUCAGCUCGCGUGGGACAUUGAGCGAAGAAGAGGCGUCUGUUAGCCACGACCUUCUAGUACUAGCUCUUGGUCUGAUGAUCAAUCUGACUAGCGUUUGUGAGGUCGCACGUGAAUACGCCGCUCACGCUGAAGACAAGAAGCUCGCUGCACUGGUCGACAUCUUCGUCCGAGGUCAAAAGAAAGCAGCCGAGUCUCAGUCCGAAGAAGAAAUGCAAGCCAACAUACCGUAUGGUUGGUUGUCAGUCCUCCUGGGUUACAUCUGCUUGGACAGGAUCGCGAAGGAAAGGGUUCGUAGCUUGCUACCAGGCAAGAGCGAGGCAGUCCUUGUGGACGCUGUCGAGGGAAUCGCUCUCAUGAGCCAGCAAGUAGACAGUCAGGCAGCGGAGGAGAAGGAAGAAACAUCGUCGGGAUUCACUCAGAAGCUUAUGGCGCUCGUGGUUCGUCUCCGCGAAGGCGCAUAAUAACAGAACACGAGACAUGGCGAUAGACAGGAUAAUACCCAUAAAAAUGUAUUUUAUUUGAUAAUCGAAACGUCGCAUAAGUACGUUGAAUGAUGUAUGCGCCUUCUCCCACCGCUCA